GACGGGGAAUGAACCUCUGACCAUCCUCCCUCUGACCUCAGAAAUGGAGGAAGCUGCCGUCAAAGCCCACUACAAAGUCUGUGACCGCCUGAAGCUGGAGAAGAAGCAGCGCAGGAUGUGCCGGCGGGACCCUGGCGUGGCCGAAACCCUGAUGGAGGCCAUCAGCAUGAGUGCCCUGGAGUGCCAGUACCAGUUCCGCUUUGAGCGCUGGAACUGCACCCUCGAGGGUCGCUACCGGGCCAGCUUGCUAAAGAGAGGUUUUAAGGAGACAGCCUUCUUGUAUGCCAUCUCCUCUGCGGGGCUGACACACGCCAUGGCCAAGGCUUGCAGUGCAGGGAGGAUGGAACGUUGCACCUGUGACGAGGCCCCUGACCUGGAGAACCGUGAGGCUUGGCAGUGGGGUGGCUGUGGUGACAACCUGAAGUACAGCAACAAGUUUGUCAAGGAGUUCCUGGGGAGGAAACCCAACAAGGACCUGCGAGCCAGGGUGGACUUCCACAAUAACCUUGUGGGAAUGAAGGUGAUCAAAGCUGGAGUGGAGACAACCUGUAAGUGCCACGGUGUAUCUGGAUCCUGUACUGUCCGAACUUGCUGGAGGCAGCUCUCUCCAUUCCAUGAAAUAGGGAAGCAGCUGAAGCAAAAGUAUGAGACGUCGCUCAAAGUGGGCAGCACUACCAACGAGGCCACAGGGGAAGGAGACAUCUCCCCACCCAAGAAGUCCAUCCCUGGUCACAGCGAUCAAAUCCCAAGGACUACGGAUCUUGUCUACAUUGACGAUUCCCCAAGCUUCUGUAUGAUGAGUAGAUACUCGCCUGGGACUUCAGGAAGGAAAUGUUACAAAGACAAGAACUGUGACAGCAUCUGCUGCGGGCGAGGGCACAACACGCAGAGCCGGGUGGUCACCCGCCCCUGCCAGUGCCAGGUCCGUUGGUGCUGCUAUGUGGAAUGCAAGCAAUGCACCCAGAGAGAAGAGGUUUACACCUGCAAAGACUGACACAUCUCCUGCUUGAUGGCAACCCUCGGUGAUGGGCGACGGUGAUCUAUGAGAACUACAUAUGGAGACAAACAGGGUUUGAUUGACCUUCUGGGAUCUGAAAGCUAUGUCGAGACAUAAGCACUUUGUAGGGUACAGGUGACCCAGCUGUGUUGCUGUUUUGUUUUUUGUUUUUUGUUUUGUUUUCCUGUAGACUGAAUUUUAAUGAGGUCCAACCAUGUGGAAAUAAGUGCCUGUCACACUGGGGUUAGACACCAGUUGACCUUCACCUUAGUCAUCCAUGCAGUUUAACGGAUCGUUCAUCCUUGGAACAUCUUGAUUUUUUUUCACCAGUCCUCCAUGAACUCCUGGGCUAAUAUAUUCUCUUUGGCAUAAAUAACAUACACUAUUUUAUUCCUGAAGCUUACCCAACUGCUUA